AUCGCUGCGGAGAGAGGACAGGGAGCCAGAGAAGGGAAUCUCGACCCCGGAUCACACUUUCAGCUUUGCCUCUGCCACCCCGGGACUCACCCGGCUUCUUUUUAUGUAAGGUCAAAGCCCACGUCUGGGAGACACGGGCCUAAAUGCUAGUCUCAGUUCCUAGUCUCAGCUCCACCCUGGGACUUUCUAUCUUUGUCUCUCAGGCUGCUCAGCCAUGACCUGGGGUCUCAGAGGAGUUGGCUAUGCUUGGUCAAACCGGGGUUCACGAAAGCCAGACGGAUGGCUCCCCAGUCAGAGUCCGGGGGAAAGGAAACUCCCCAGGGCGCUGCUCCCACAGGAUGCCACCUCAGCAUUUUCAGUCUCCCUCCCGUAGGAGGGUGUGAGGAUGUGGGGUAGAGAGCACACUGACUACAGACAGACAUGGCAAGUGAUGCGCCAUCAUGAGCUCUUCACCUUCUCUAAGCAGCCCACGCACCCCCAAUUGAUCUACUUGUUCCAAAGACACAGCAGGCAGGUCCAUGGCUGGCAGGACUCUGCCAUCUGGACGCCAGGAAGAGGAGACUACCAAAGACCUGGCUCUGAAAUUACCACCAGGGAAGUCUGGAGGUCACCUGCCCAGCAUUAACGAGACCCGACCUACAGGCCCAGGCCCAGCCUCCCGUCGUGGCUCCCUGCUGAGCCUACACCCAUCCUUUUCCCGCCGCAACUCACUGGCAGGACCCCUGGUAGGCCCUGGGGGUCGACGACUAUCCCUGGGCCCAAUGCCCCCUUUAGGUGCGCGAGUCAGCUUUUCUGGGCUACCGCUGAUGCCUGCCCGUCGGAUGGCACCCUCCUACCGCACAGAACCGGCACCGGGGGAGCGCUGGGAAGCAGCAAGCGCUCAGCGGGCCCUGGAGGCAGCGCUGGAAGCCGAGCUGAGCAACGCGCGCUACUCCGGUACCGAGGCGGGGAAACUGGCACAGGCUCUGUGCGAACAGAUCCGCCUUCGGGUGCGGGAGCUCCGCCUACCCCGCUACAAACUGGUGUGCAGCGUGGUGCUGGGGCCACGCGAGAGACAGGGUGUGCACGUGGUCAGCCGCGCACUCUGGGAUGCGGUGCACGAUGGACUGGCCUCUGCCACCUUCACCAACACUUCGCUGUUUGCCGUGGCGACUGUCCACGCGGUCUACUGGGAAUGAUAAG